AUGCAGCUCCCAAUCAAGACUCUCGUCGCUCUCCUCCCUUUCUUCCUCCAAGUUAGUGCUCAAGCUUCUGGUUCCGGUACCACCACUCGUUACUGGGAUUGCUGCAAGCCAUCUUGCGCUUGGUCUGGCAAAGCUGCUCUCGCAUCUGGCUCUGGACCAGUCGGAACCUGCGAUGUUAAGGACUCACCUCUUUCAGACCCUACCGCAGUUGCUGUUUCUGGAUGCGACGGUGGAAACUCUUACAUGUGCUCAGACCAAUCUCCUUGGGCAGUCAGCGAUGAUUUGGCAUAUGGUUAUGCCGCUGUUAACAUCGCUGGUGGAAGCGAGGCUUCAUGGUGUUGUGCUUGUUAUGAAUUGACUUUCACCAGCACUGCUCUUGCUGGCAAGAAGAUGAUUGUUCAAGCUACUAACACCGGUGGUGAUCUUGGCUCAAACCAAUUUGAUUUGGCUAUCCCAGGUGGAGGCGUUGGAAUCUUCAAUGGUUGCACAACCGAAUUCGGUGCUCCUUCCUCAGGAUGGGGUGCACAAUAUGGUGGUGUCUCCGCCGUCUCUUCCUGCUCAACCUUCCCAGCUGCCCUUCAACCAGGUUGCAACUUCAGAUUCAACUGGUUCGAAAGCGCCGACAACCCAACUGUCGAUUUCAAACAAGUCGAAUGUCCAGCAGCAUUGACCAAGAGCACCGGAUGCAAGAGAGCUGAUGACUCAAGCAUGCCAGCUCCAGAUGCUUCGGGAAGUGGAUCCGCCUCCCCAGAAGAGCUUGUAGCAACAUCUGCCAAGACCUCUUCUGUUACCCCAACUUCAGUUAGCUCUUCAUCUGUUGUCGUAGCACCAAGUUCCGCAAAAUCCAGCCCAGCCUCUGUUGUGCCAGCUUCCGCAGCUUCUUCCAAGGCAUCUUCUGCAGCAGUUGUCUCUCACAUAGCUGUUCCUUCUUCCAAGGCUUCCUCUGCACCAGCAGUUACUUCCCACUCUUCCGCCACCAAAUCCGCAAAGACCAGUGUCGCCGCUCCUCAUUCCACCUCUGCUUCGACUGACGAUGAUGAUACUUGCGAUGCCGAGUAA